AACUACUACCAGAAACUACUAUUGAUUCGAAGUGCUGGAAGCCAACGAAACCGCCAGCAACACAAAGAACUGGACGCGCGAUUGGCAAGAACCUUCCGUCCCAAAAAGAACUUUACUCCAGACACUAUUCGCUUUCAUCUUCACAAGAAAGCGGAAGCAACACUCAGUGCUGGUAUUGAUCUCAAGGAGGCAGUUAAGUGUCCGGAAGACGAAGAACUGAACGAUUGGAUCGCUGUUCAUGUUGUUGAUUUUUACAAUCGUAUCAACUUGAUUUACGGUACCAUAUGUGAUCGAUGCACAGAACAGAGCUGCCCGACUAUGUCUGGUGGCAAAAAGUUCGAAUAUCAUUGGCGAGAUAAUGUGCGUUACAAGAAACCUACACCACUGCCAGCUCCGAAGUACAUGGAUGUGCUGAUGGAUUGGAUCGAUGCUCAGAUCAAUGACCCUGCUAUCUUUCCUACUGACGUUGGUGUUCCGUUUCCAAAGUGCUACAUACCAACUGUGAAGAAGAUUUUCGGUCGCCUGUUUCGAGUCUUUGUUCAUGUGUACAUCCAUCACUUCGAUAGAUUGCAUGAAAUCGGAGCGGAGGCACAUGUCAAUACUUGCUACAAGCACUUCUACUAUUUUGUUACGUAUUUUCAUCUGAUCGACCAGAAAGAACUAGAACCGCUGGUAUGUGAACUCCAUUUAACCAUACUGUAG